CCCGCUCUCAGGUCCGAACACAGUGGUUCCGGUUCCUACUGUUAGUAUAUAGCACCCGGGUUCUUCUUCCGGACACGUUAUUGUUGCAUCAGCAUCCAACCCUGCAGCACUAUGGCUAUGUCGACCUCAGCAGAGACAGCGAAGGGAAAGCGGGUUCAGCCCCCCUGGUCUCCACCAGCAGGAACAGAUGUUCCCCAACUUAAACUGUACAACAGUUUGACGAGAGCGAAGGAGCUGUUUGUUCCCCAGAAAGGGAACAAGGUGACUUGGUACUGCUGCGGGCCGACAGUGUACGAUGCCUCACACAUGGGACACGCCAGGUCCUACAUUUCCUUUGACAUCCUGCGAAGGAUCCUGAAGGACUACUUCAAAUACGACGUCCUCUACUGCAUGAACAUCACAGACAUAGAUGACAAAAUCAUCAAGCGAGCCCGACAGAACUACCUCCUGGACCAGUACAAGGAGAAGCAGCCGCAAGCUGCUCAGAUCCUGCAGGACGUCCUGAGCGCCAGAGAGCCCUUCCGGGUCUACCUGGCUUCAACGACGGACCCUGAUAAGAAGCAGAUGCUGGAGAGGCUGGACGUUGCUGUGACCGCCGCUCUGCAGCCCCUGCAGGCAGCGAUGGAGGGCAAAGCAGCAGAUGAGGUCGUACAACCUCUGGCCCAGGUGCUGUUGGAGAACUCCAAGGACCUGCUGUCUGACUGGUUGGACAAGAAGUUUGGAAGUCAAGUCACAGAGAAUUCAAUCUUCUCCAUCCUCCCGAAAUUCUGGGAGGGAGAGUACCAUAAGGACAUGGAGGCUCUGAAUGUUCUUCCUCCAGACGUUCUCACUCGAGUCAGUGAAUACGUACCGGAGAUUGUGGAGUUUGUGGAGAAGGUCAUCUCGAAUGGUUACGGGUAUGAAUCAAACGGUUCUGUGUACUUCAACACUGCAAAGUUUGACACCAGUCCACAGCACUCGUACGCCAAACUGGUGCCAGAGGCGGUCGGAGAUCAGAAGGCUUUACAAGAGGGAGAAGGAGACCUGAGCAUCUCUGCUGACAGGUUAAGUGAGAAAAGGUCCCCCAAUGACUUCGCUUUGUGGAAAGCCUCCAAGCCUGGAGAACCUUCAUGGGACUCUCCAUGGGGAAAGGGAAGGCCGGGCUGGCACAUCGAAUGUUCGGCCAUGGCCGGCUCGAUCCUGGGAGCGUCCAUGGACAUCCACGGUGGGGGGGUCGACCUUCGAUUCCCCCAUCACGACAACGAGUUGGCUCAGUCUGAGGCUUUCUUUGAGAACGACCACUGGGUCAGAUACUUCCUGCACACCGGACACCUGACCAUCGCCAGCUGCAAGAUGUCCAAAUCUCUGAAGAACUUCAUCACUAUUAAAGACGCUCUGGCAAAGAACACAGCUCGUCAGCUCCGUCUGGCCUUCCUGAUGCAUUCCUGGAAAGACACCCUGGACUACUCUUCCAACACGAUGGAGUCUGCCGUUCAGUACGAGAAGUUAAUGAACGAGUUCUUCCUGAACGUGAAAGACAUCAUGAGAGCUCCGACUGACAUCACCGGGCGCUUUGAGAAGUGGGAGGCAGCAGAGGUGGAGCUCAACGACAGUUUCUACGACAGGAAGGCAGCCGUCCACGAGGCGCUGUGUGACAACGUGGACACUCGCACCGCCAUGGAGGAGAUGAGAGUGCUGGUCAGCCAGAGCAACACCUACAUCGCUGGCAGGAAGGCCGCCAAGCUGAGGCCCAACCGCAUGCUGUUGGAGAGUAUCGCCGUGUAUCUGACCAACAUGAUGAAGAUAUUUGGUGCCAUUGAAGGAUCGGAGCCCAUCGGGUUCCCAGUCGGAGGACAAACUCAGAACAUUGAUCUGGAGAGCACGGUGAUGCCGUACCUCUCAGUGUUGUCAGACUUCAGAGAGGGAGUCCGAAAAAUUGCCCGGGAGCAGAAAGUGAUGGAGCUGCUGCAGCUGUGUGAUGUCAUCCGUGACGAUACGUUGCCGGAGCUGGGGGUCCGUCUGGAAGAUCAUGAAGGUCUGCCCACUGUGGUGAAACUGGUGGACAAGGAGACAUUACUGAAGGAGCGAGAGGAGAAGAAACAGAUGGAAGAAGAGAAGAAGAGGAAGAAGGACGAAGCUGCGAAGAAGAAAGAGGAACAAGAGAUGGCCAAACUGGCGAAGAUGAAGGUUUCUCCAAGUGAAAUGUUCCUCACAGAAACCGACAAGUAUUCCAAAUUCGACGAAACGGGUUUCCCCACUCACGAUGUGGAAGGGAAGGAGCUGAGCAAAGGACAAGCCAAGAAGCUGCGCAAACUCUACGAGACCCAGGAGAAACUUCACAACGAGUAUCUGCAGAUGGACCAGAACGGAAACUGAGUGUCUUUACAAACUGCCGAGCCAUCCACCGUACACAGAACAUACAGAAUAAAUGUCAAGGCCAGAGAUGCUGAGUCAGCCUUUGUCUCCUCUUUAUCUGUUUCGGACCAGAAAACAACUUUUUUUUUUCUCAGUUAAUUUCAGAAUGACGGUUAAAAUCUUCAUAACCAAAGUCCACACAUCGUUUAUCAAAGUGAGGAUGAUGAAGUCGAGGGGAGCAUGAGUGAAGGAGACUUCCUCCUUGUUCUGUUUCUCCACAAUAGUUUUAUGAUGAGACAGUGAAGCAGAGCGCUAACUCAUCAGCGCUCUGCUUCACUGUCUCCAGAUGUUUUAUAGAUGUUUGACUGCAACUCUGUAGCACUGCCAGUCGGUUAAAAGAGUACAUUUAUUUCUUACUGUGUGUUUUAAACUUACUACGAGUUAAAGGCGUCAUGUAGGAUAAACCUCCAGUCUGCACAGACGGGUGACACGUUAAAGGAAAAAACAAUACUUAGACGUUCCAACACGGAACAGCUCCAGAGCUUCAUGUCUCUGAGCUCUGCUGGAGGGAUGAACAUCGAUCUCCUAAAACAUGUUUCCACAUUUAGCAUUUGAUUUACAAAACCUCCGACAGGUGCUGAGUCUCGUUUGAAGGCUCCAACAAUGAUUCUCAUACUCAUUAUAAAAGCCCUCAGUGUUUGAACACAUCUGCAUUCCUUAUGUUUCCUCGUUUAUUCUGAUUUUUCUUUCAUCUGUCGCCUGUCUGUAGCUGUGUGUAGAGAUUUUAAUUGGCUGAAGGUGUUCGAGCUGCAACUAAUUGUGUUUUUAUUAUCAAUUAAUUUGGCAAUUAUUUUCUCGGUUUGAUUAAAAACAUAAAAAAUGCACGUUGUUAUAUAAUUUCCCAAAACCAAAAAGUAUAUAUAUAUUAUUAGUUUGUUAGUUUCAGUCCUUGUUAACAAUUUUCCAAAAGUCAUGCACAUUGUAAAGAACAAGUAACAUCCAGGGAUUCAAUUAAAAAAGGAAAAAAUGCAGAAAAUAAAAUAAUAAGAUAACUGAAGCUUAUUAUCCAAAUCCUUUCUACUCAGCAUAUUCUCAUAAUUAACUCAUUUACUGUUAGGCUGAAGGUAUGCAAAAAAAAACUCCAAACAUAUUCAGUUUACUGUCACGUAUUAUCGGAGAAGCUGAACCAGCAAAUAUUCAGCACCUUUGCCUGAAAAAUUACUCAAACAGUUCACCAAUUUUGGAAAUUGUUAGUCCAUCAGUCAGUGGACUAACUGUUGCAGCUCCAGAACACAGGUUUGGACUAGUAUUGAAUCUGUCGCGACAGUUUUUGUGGAGUUGACAUUUUUGUGAUUUUUUUUUUUCCCUCUGUUUCUUUAUACAACCAUUUAAAUUUGCCACUGAAAAAAAUAUAAAUAAAAAAUAUAAACCUUUUAUUUAAAAAAAAAAAAAGCUUUUAGUUCAGUUAACUUUUAUUUUUAUGGACUCUCACAAAAUGCAAAUCGGUAUCAGCUGAUAUGAGCAGAAAAAUAACAGGUGAUUGUAAUUAAACAAAUUUGCUGCCGCUUGAUGCAGAAAUAAAAAUAACCCAGUCACUAGAAUAAAUAUCAGCAUUGUGCGUUUCUGCAAACCACAUGUACGUAUGUAUACAUUAUUAUGUAGCACAGGGACGUGAAACGUUUGAGCAGUGGUUCCCAACUAGUCCAGAUUUCUCUUUUGUCAUUCGUUUUAGGUCCACACAGUUUAAUAUAUUCAGCGUCAUACUUCAGCAGCAAGUUGAACAAUGCGUUGCAGAGGCUUUUCCACCCCGACCAGAACACAGCUCUCUGAUGUAACAAUGAAUAUUGACUGUGACCAUGUUUGAAGAUAUUAAACAUUGUGCAGAAUAUUGCCAAUCAGCAGCUUCAGUUCAAAAGAAUUUGUAUCAGGAAAUGUUUGGAUAAAUGCACGUGUCAUGACAGAGAGGAGCAGACUGAGUGAACGUGGAAAAACUGAGACACACUGUUGAGUUUGCACUUAAUUUUCUUAAGAUGUCUCAGGCUGUUCAUCUGUUUUGUAAAAGGAUGAAUGUCGACAGAAUGUACUUUAAUUCUUUACACAAAAAAGGGAAAAUAUUGGAGCUGAUGUUACCUUUAGGUUACUGUGCGAUUGUUUCAAUGGUCCAAGCCAUCUGAAAUCAAAUCGUUGGUGUUUGUGGCCCAUGACCUAAAAUAAGUUUGACACCCCUGAUGUAGCGAGUGUGUUGAAACUUUACAUCUCAGCAACACUCCGGUCAACGUGUGGUAACGUUCAGGCAAAAACAUAACCUCAGGAUGUGGUUAAAAGAUGCUGAUUUGGCUUAAAAUACCUGCUUCUAGUGGCACAACCUCUCCUGGAGAAACUACAACAGGUCGCUAAUAAACACCCACAUUUGGUGACUAAAAAGUAGCCGGACACGCAGCAAUGAAUCACAAGUGCUUCUCUUGUUUGUCGGUCUGCAGCCCGUCAGGCAUCUCCCAGCUGUCACACCAUCCACCCUCCACCUCCUCAUGACACAGUCAGCUCAUACACCACAUCACUUAAGAGAUAUGUAUGAGACGUACAGAUGUAUUAGUGCUCUGCAGAAACGUACAACGCCAUAUUUUCCUCUGGUGACCAAACUAUUAAAGACCAUCAGUGAAUCGUUGGCUAAACUUGAUGAUGAUUCCUUCACACUCAAAUCUACCUGACAAAUACUGAACGAGCUGUCAUAUACUUUCCUGUAUCACUGAUAUUUGAUAUUUACCAGCUACUGUAUAAGAGAUUCUCUGUACCUCAAAGAUUUUAGGUUUUUUUAUUUCCAGUGUUUUUUGGUUCAUUCCUUGUUUGAGUUCCAUGAUGUGUACGCUUACCAGUUGUGCACAGUUUUUGAGGACACAGCUGUUGAUGUUCUGAAAAGACCAAAACCAACAGUGUCAGUUUGUCUCUCGACACUCUGACUCCUCGACUGUGUUACUGUCACUCAGCCUCAAACCCAUCAAUUCCUACUCACUGAAAUAUUUAGAAACAGUUCACAAAUAUAUCGUCUCAUUCACAUUUGUAGGGGACUAUUUUCAUUUCAUUUCUUUUCAUUGAAUUUAUUAACAACAGUAAAAAUACAUAAUGUCACCAGAUUUAUCUUUUAACUCUGUGCAGCUGUUUUUAUCAUCGUCCUGGUGAAAUAUAAUCCUCUCUCCACGUGGCCUCGAGCGAAACCACACAAAGAGGAACUUUUUAUUAUCCAGCCGUCCAUUAGGCUCCUGUGUUUUGUACUGUUUGUGUGAUGCAGUUUCAUGGUCAUGUGAAGGCGCAGCAGAUGAGAUGCUCAAAUAAAAAAGAGACCAUAAAUGCUACUGAUUUCCUUUUAAUAAAUAAAAUUGGUCAUUGUAAACUC